AUUAAAAGCCAAAGAAUCAUGCCUGCAACCAUCUCUCCGAGGAUGCUCAUAAUUUUGCUAGGCUUGAUGGACUUUGCCGGUGACGAUGACGGUGAUGAAAUGGAGCGCAGCGCUCUGCUUGACUUUUCUCUUGCUGGCGGCCGUUUUCUUUGAGAGCAGCAGCGGCAAAGGAGGGCGGGGCGGAGCGCGUGGAUCGGCGCGUGGAAGUGCGCGGGGCACCACGCGGCGGGCCAAAUCCUCGCCCCGCUACAGCUCGUCCGGGACGGCGCUGCGGGUGGCGGCGGCCGCAGCUGGGGGGGCGGCGGCGGGGGCGGCGGCGGCCGUGGCUGCCGGCAGGAUGCGGUCAGCGGGGAAGGGCGACCCGGACGACAUGGCGGCGCCGUCCGGCAACGGCACGGAUGGAGGCAGCUACAACUACCGGGCGUGGACGUCGGGGGCCCAGCCCAGGCGCUUCGUCUGGCUGCCUGUGUGCCUGCUGUGCGUGGCCCAGUUCUUCUCCCUCUGAGAAGGCCCCCAGCUCCAACGGGCCGGGGGCCAUCCGCCCGAGACGGGUCUUUCUCCCCCCACCGUGCUCUUCCCUGAGGUCCUGCUGGAGCGUGGGUGGGGAAAGCGGCCCUUCAGAUGGUGGACUCCAGUUCUCAGCAGCUUCAUCCAGUACGGCCGGUGGCCGGAGAUGAUGGGGGGUGUAGUCCAGCGACAUCUGGAGGGCCAUACAUUCCCCACACAGGUUGGAAUUUGGUCUGAGAUGCCCCUUUCCCUGGCUUGAGUGCAAUCACUGAGCCUUCCUACAUAAAUCCUGGAAUUGCAGCAGUGUGCUAAGAAUCAGGGUAUCUGGAUUUUGUCUUGGGUGCUGUCAGGUAUCAGACCAGAGCACCCCGUCCCUCUUCUGGUGCCCAGUCUCUCCGAAGCACUGGAGAGCAACAUGUGCCUGCAGUAGCCUUAUGCCAUGGAAGUUGGGUCUGAAGAUCGGCGCAACGUUCAAAGCCAUGCUAGCUGCUGUCGUCACCCGAGCUUAUCUAGAUUCCUGCAUGCCGAACAGCCCCUGUGGUGCUCAAAUCCAUUUCCUCCCAUCUCAGGCAGAAUUUUUGUCAGUAUUCUAGCCUGAGAUCAUAAGGAUGGUGCAGUAUUGUGAAGGAAGAAGAAAGGUGUAUUGUCACCCAAUACCUUGGUGGGACUCCACCCUCAUGCUAACAGCUGCCAUGGUUACAGAUUCAUUCUGUUCCUCCCAGUUAUAUGGUCCCUCAGAGCAAGCGGGUUCUUCCCCUUGCAAAGAAAUGGUCGAUUUCUUUCUUGCACAUUUCCAUCACUAUUAGAGGGGAGAGUUGAGCUGCAAAGUCUUGAGCAGAAUGGCUAGAGGUAGAGGAUGCUGCUCGAAAGAAAAGGGGGGAACAGAAAAUAGCAAACGGUGCACCUGACAACUUCAGGUGUAUGCAAACCACCUACCACAUGCACACUACGAUGUUUACAGUUCUGUGAGGAGGAGCGACAAGUGCCUCGUGCUUCCUGGCUGUAGUGACACUUUGCCAGGUGUACAAGUGCUCCUGACAGGAGCUUGCACACUACAAAAAUGUGACAGACGCAUUGUUCAUUCAGCAGAGGUCGUGAAGGCUGCUUGUUAACCUUACACUGAAAAGGAAGCGGGCUUAGAGAACUUGGUGCUUAUGAAGGUCCAGCGUUAAUCUGGUGCAGCUAUCCAUGCAAAGCCAAAACUCAGGAAGCAUCUGAUAAAAAGUCAGACUUCAGUGCAUGGUAUUCAGUGAAAUGGCUCUCGCACUGGGAACGCUGAAAGCGGUUUCUGGCUAAGUAAGGUUAGGCCGAGGUUUCUGGCUAAUUAACGUUAGACUGGCAGAGGUUUCUAGCCAAGUAACUUCAGUCUAAGUAACACUACCCAGUGCUCCAUUUCAAUACAAAAGGCAGCUUUGCAUGCUCAGAGCAUCGCACUCAAAAGCAGCUAUUUCUCCCAUUGGUGGUGCAGCAUGAAUCCAGUAGCAUUUUAGGUUCGAUGCUAAUCAAUUAGUAUCUUCCGACCUUACCACAAGCUUACUAAUUUAAAGCCAGACACUUUUCCACAGAAGUGUAUUAAGGAUUGAGGCCUCACAGUCCCACCGCAGGGACCCACCUGAGCUGCAGCAGAAUAGGGGUGGCAGGUCGAGUGGAAGCUGGCCCUGCCCUGCCCUGCCCAAGCAGCACGUUCUCCACCACAGCCUCACUUGCCGGUGCUUGGCAGACACGCCAGCUCUUGCACCGAGUCGCCUUGCGCCGAUCAGACCAACUUGGCCGCCUUCGGAUUUUGGCCGAGGCAGCUAGCCCAAGGGGUGUGCAUGCAUAGCCAGAUUUGUCGGACGCGUCCACUCCGCUCAGAUGUGCUGUACCAAUUUGGGUGGCUAUUUUGUCCAAGAGUAUCUUUUACAGUAACUUUGUAAGUUGUGAAAUGUGAACACUUGAUUUUAUUACAUUCCGUGAGAACCCUGUGGAACGCCGAGUAACAGGCCAGUGUACUUCUAACGGGGGUUACGGUUGCUUUAUUUCCAUGUGAGAGGCAUGAUUACAAAAUUACCUCUUCUGUACUCACAGGUCCAUCUCUCCUGGACAAAACUUGGGGGAAGUGGGAGGCCUUUGAUGUUUUUUGAUGUUGUAUUUAUAAUUGUCUUUUCUUGAGUGUGAAGCAGAAAUAAUUUUGAAAACUCCAUAGGACUUUUGAGAUCUAAUAGACAUUUUAAUACCAACAGAACUUGCCGAACAAUUGGUUGUAUUCAAUGACAGUCCUACAGUCGGUUGUAACCAAUGAGUAGGCCCAUUGAAAUGAAUGGGAUUUUUUAGACUAGCAUUGGAUACAACCUUAUGCAAUCUCCGGCUAUGCUUGCCAAACAAAAUAUACUGUGAACACUUGCAUAAUUUAUCCUGAACACUGGGGUGUUGAGAUUCACUUUUUACUCUAGAUAGGACUCCGAUUCACCUUGGACUGUUUGCUCAACCUCCCACUUCACCUCAGAUUGGGAAAAGCUGACACUUGAGAUUUUUCUGGAUGGACAAUCAGGGAAAUCAGCUAAAUGUGGGAACUCUCUGAUCUGCCAGGUUCAAGUGGCACUUCAACCGGGGAAGCCCUUGACACUGGCCCGCGGAAGAUCAACAGGGGCACAGAGGCCGCUGUUUUUCCUCCCAGCAGUUGCCUGGGGGCCGUAUGAGCUUCCCUCCCAGCUCGUUUCAUCUUGAGGAAAGGAAUGCUACUUCAUUAAUCUUUGAAAGCCUGCGCUGACCCAGAGCUCUUGCACACCAGAGCUGUGUUCUCAAAGGGGCACACUAGUGCCUUUCAUUUAAGGCUAGCUGAGAAAGGAAAAAGGCUCUGUUGCGAGUUCAUUGCUUCGAAGAACGCCACCUAGUGAGCGGGCAACUCCAAACACGGAGUCUCGCGGGGUCUGCAUACGCCCCCCCCCCGUUCCCUUCAUGAAACAGGACCUCACACGGCCAGGCUACAUGUUACUCACGCUGUGAGGCGAGCAUGGGGCAAUGGGGGACUGGAUGGCAUCCCCCUCCCGCAGAAUGCCUGUAGCACAACUGUUUUUUGACCCUGCAGCAUUAACAUGGGAGAGCCUGAGGAAUUUUUGUUGGGCACUUCUGGGAAGAGCAGAAGGGCUGGGAGGAAAGAGGUGGAGAACACCGCAGGAAAAGAGGCCGUUUCAGAAGCACCGGGGAGGCCAGAUGGUGCAGGAGAGAAUGGCAGCCAAAUGCUCUCACAUGCCACUCAUCCAUGCAGCUAAGGCUGGAACGAGUCUGGCCGAGACCCUCAUGCUCACGCACCCUGUGACUGGGUGGCAGCACCCUCCUGGGGACUCUGCAAUUAUUUUUUAAAAAGCUCGGAUCUUUACAUUUAUUCUUUUGAAUCCUUGUGUUGAGAGUGAAAGGAGAUGCAAGUGGCUCCCUCGACCUUGUGCAGUUCUCCAGCCCCGGUUUAAAAACCCUAAAUGGCACAGCUGCCCGGGAGGAGAAGCAGGGGCAGGGGAUGGGCCCCCUGGAGGAAUUCAGCAAUAGCCCCUGGGACAGGCAGGGAGGAAACGGGCAUUUCAUCAGCCCUGCCGAAAAGAACAUUUCCCCCUUCUUCCUAUCUCUUUUCCUUCGCAUGUUGUUUAUUUUUAGAUUGUAAGCCUGCAGGCAGGGUAUUGUCUUGUUUUAUUGACUGCAUGUUAGUUGUUCCAGAACACUUUUUGGCUGAAGAGUGGGAUAGAAAUACUUUAAAUAUAUAAUUGUUCCUAUUGCUUCCUUUCCCCUCUUCCCUUUAUUAAAUAAAUUCUUGUCAGCAAGUA